AUGCUGCUCAGGGCCGCACGAUCACCGUGCUGGCGCACGGCGCAAUUCGCUUUUCCGAGCUUCGCCUGCCGGCCUCGAAGCACACGACUCAACGGCGCGGCGCAACUGCGUCUGUUCAUGUCGUAUAACAACCCCCCGCCGAGCCAUCCUACAGACAAGAAUGGCGUAUCUGUCGGACCUGGGUCUGGUGCGAACACCGCACCGUCGCAACUAGCAGAUGCCAAAGUCGUCAAGUCGGAAGGCAGCGGCAAUGCGAAGACCACGCCGAAGAAGGACUUGCUGGGCGAGCCUGCAGAGUCGAAAAAGGAACAAAGGAAGGCAGAUUGGGCUAUCAUGAAGGAAAUGGCCAAGUACCUGUGGCCCAAGAUUCUCAACGUGGAGGUUCCCUUCUACUUCAAGAACAUUGUCGACUCAAUGAACAUCGACUUUGCUUCCGUCGGUGGAACGGCCUAUACCGUGGCUGGGUCAAUGAUCAUUGCCUACGGUGUGACCAGAAUUGGAGCUACACUUUUCCAAGAACUCCGCAAUGCGGUCUUUGCUAGCGUUGCGCAAAAGGCAAUACGGAAAGUGGCAUCAAAUGUUUUUGAACAUCUGUUGCGCCUGGAUCUUAACUUCCACCUCUCUCGGCAGACUGGAGGUCUGACUCGUGCAAUUGAUCGCGGUACUAAGGGCAUCAGUUUCCUCCUCACUUCCAUGGUUUUCCACGUGGUUCCCACAGCACUUGAGAUUUCACUUGUCUGCGGUAUCCUGACUUAUCAAUAUGGCCUCCAAUUUGCCGCCAUCACAACCACAACAAUGAUAGCAUAUACCGCAUUCACCAUCACUACGACAGCGUGGCGAACAAAGUUCCGGAGACAGGCCAAUGCGGCUGACAAUCGCGGAGCAACCGUUGCUGUGGACUCACUCAUCAACUACGAGGCCGUCAAAUACUUCAAUAACGAGAAAUUCGAAGUAGCACGAUAUGACAAGGCCUUGAAGAAGUAUGAAGAUGCGUCAAUCAAGGUGACUACGUCUCUGGCAUUCCUCAACUCUGGUCAGAACAUGAUCUUUUCCUCUGCGCUGGCCGCAAUGAUGUACAUGGCCUGCAAUGGAGUUGCAAAUGGAAACUUGACUGUCGGUGACCUGGUCAUGGUUAACCAGCUGGUCUUCCAGCUCUCCGUCCCACUCAACUUCUUGGGAUCUGUCUACCGUGAGCUGCGCCAGUCGCUACUGGACAUGGAGACGCUUUUCAACCUGCAAAAGGUGAAUGUUACCAUCCAGGAGAAGCCAGAUGCGAAGCCGCUGCAACUGACGCGGGGCGGUGAAAUUCGCUUCGAGAACGUCACUUUCGGAUACCAUCCAGAGCGACCAAUCCUGAAGAAUGCCACCUUCACUAUCCCAGCUGGACAAAAGUUCGCGAUUGUCGGCCCUAGCGGCUGCGGCAAGUCUACGAUCCUGCGUCUACUCUUCCGCUUCUACGACGUCAAUUCUGGCCGCAUUCUGAUCGACGGCCAGGAUGUCCGCGAUGUGACUCUUGAGAGUCUCCGCAAGGCGAUUGGAGUGGUGCCUCAGGAUACCCCGCUGUUCAACGAUACUGUUUCCCACAACAUCCGCUACGGACGGAUCGAUGCAUCGGACGAAGAAGUACGCCGAGCUGCAGAGCGGGCCCAUAUCCACAAGCUUAUCGAGGGACUGCCAGAUGGCUACGAAACUGCAGUUGGCGAGCGUGGUAUGAUGAUCUCUGGUGGCGAGAAACAGCGGCUUGCAAUCUCUCGGUUGAUCCUGAAGGACCCAGCAUUGUUAUUCUUUGAUGAGGCGACAUCCGCCCUGGACACAUACACGGAGCAGGCCCUGCUCCAGAACAUCAACAGCAUUCUCAAAGAGAAGAAACGCACCAGCGUCUUUGUGGCGCACCGCCUCCGCACAAUCAGCGACAGUGACCAGAUCCUGGUCUUGAAGGACGGUCAAGCUGCAGAGUUAGGUUCGCAUCGUGAGCUUCUCGACCGCAACGGCAUCUAUGCCGAGCUGUGGAGCACCCAGGAGAGGUCCAUGGCCCAGGAUGUGGAUCUGGAGCGCAACCAGGCGGAAGAUAGUGAGCCCAAGGUGUAA